AUGUCUGGCGAGUAUUUUUUCGAUUCAUAUAUAGCAGUACCUGAUGUAAAAAUUCUAGAUCAUAUCAAAAACCCCGAGCGCGUUGCUGCUGGUUUAAAGGCAACUAUACGCAACCCAUCUGUGUCUGAGGAAGCUAAAAGUCGUGCAAUUGAACGUCUUAACGAAAUGGGGGUAAAUGCUGAAGGCGAACCUCCGUCCAGAGGUGUCAAAGGAAGCUCUUCUACUGCUUCCACUCGCAGCCCUGGUAACCCAGAGGAGGAGAAAACGGAGCAUCAUCGCCUUGGGGGUUACAAAGCGACUAUCAACAAUCCAAGGGUAUCUGAUGCUGCCAAAGAUCAUGCAAAGGAGAUUUUAAAAAACAACGAUGCGCUUUAG